GGGAAGUGGAUGUUUGUUGAUUUCUAUGGCCGGGAGAAAUCAAAAGUUGCUAUAAGUCUAAAUAGAUAAAAAUUCUUUAUUUAUAAUUUGUUAUUAACAUUCUAUACGUGUAAAUUUUAUAAAUGGCGAUUUCAUUACUGUGUUACAUAAAAAUUUAAUAAAUCAUUUUAUUCAAUUAGAAUCACAUCAAGUUACUGUAAAUAAAUGAAUGAAUUCCUUAAUAAUUCAGUAUGUGAUAAGUUCAAACGUUAAAUUCUCAAUCUUCAGAUAAUGUUUGAACUGUUUAUUAGUAUUGAAGGCCAUUUUUAAUUUUCCAGUUUAUUUUCUUGCCAAUAAUAAUAAUAUGUUUUGGUUUAGAUGUUUAAAUAAUCCUGUUGAAAACUCUGCUUCAUAUUUUAUGAGGAAUUCAUAUUUUUUGCAUAAAAGUACUGUUGCAACUUUUCCAGCAGUAAAUCGUGUGAAUGGAUUUCAUUCAUGUAUUAAUUAUGAAAAUACAAGAUGUAGAAUGAAUGUAAUUUGCAGUUACACUCAGUAUCGGAAAUUUUCUAUGGCACCUCUCGUUACGUCUGUUGCGACUUCAAAACCGGUGGAAAUGGCACAGGAACUAUUGGAGUGGAUACAUUUGCACUCCGGAAUGCCGUGGUGGAUGACUUUACUUUCUACGACUGUUACUCUUAGACUCGUGUUGUUUCCGUUAGUUGUUUAUCAGCAAUAUAUUUUAGCCAGAUAUGAAAAUUUAUUACCAGAAAUUAAAAAUCUUUCUGUAGCACUAAAGAAGGAAGUAGAUCUAGCAGUAAAGAUGUUUAAAUGGGAUGAAAAAGUUGCCAAAAUACAAUUUAAGAAAAAUCUCAGGAGACAUAUUGAUUCACUUAUUGUACGAGAUAACUGUCAUCCAUUUAAAUCUAUCAUAGUUGUCGGACUGCAGUUGCCAACAUGGAUAUCUUUAUCCUUUGCGUUGAGAAACAUGGUAAAUUUCAUGCCUUAUGGAAAUCAAGUUCCUACAUUUGAUAUGACAUAUUUGGAGAUGACUGUGGGUGGCACACUUUGGUUUCCAAAUCUAACUAUACCAGAUCAACUUUUGAUUAUUCCAGUAUUAUUAGGAAUUGUCAAUUUGACAAUAACAGAGGUUCAUACUUUAAGAAAAUUUAGACGGAAUACAAAGUUGCAAAAGCUGACAACAAAUCUUUUUCGUUGUUUUAGUAUCAUAUUAAUCCCUAUUGCCAUAACUAUGCCUUCUUGUAUCACAUUAUACUGGCUUCAGUCAAGCUUGUUUGGUUUGGCACAAAACUUGUUUUUGCAAGUUCCCAGAGUACGUCGCAUGUUUAGAAUACCUCGGACUCCGAGCGAAAGUCAAACUCCUUUUCAAGAUAUGGCAGAAGAAUUAAAAAAUAAGUUUAAAUUUAUAAAUUAAGAACAAGGAUAUUUAUGUUGUUAUUAACGUAAAUAUUUUAAUAAAAUGUUAUUUAUAAUUUUUAUUGUUAUUAAGAAAUGUAUUUAGUCAAAUUACAUGUCCCAGAUUGAAAUUGAACCAAACAAUUCAUAAAUUAUAUUAAAUUAAUUUACUUCAAUAUAAAGUCAAUUUCCAUACAAAUAAAUAAUUACAAAUUGUAUUUUCAUAGUUACAAAUCCGCAUA